CGCUUUCUUCCCGACAUGCCUCCGCGCUCCAGCCUGUCUCCCAAGGUGGGAUCGUAUCCGCAAAAUGACGUUGCGACGUAUCGGGACCUUCUCCUAUUCGAAGAGCGCCUGAAGUCUACAGCAUCCAGUCUUCAGAAGCGGAAGUCACGAUAUCAGUUGUUCCUCUUUCAACUCUUGCUUGCGAUUGCUUUCCUGCUGGUGGAGGUUCUUCUUCCUCCGGAUAUCUCGUUGAUUUCGAUUCCGUGCACGCUUGCGCUGCGCCGCGUGCUGCCGAACAUCUACACCGCCGAGACGAAGGUCGACGUACAUCCGUACUUCUCAACUGGGCUGCUGUUUGUGAGCAUCACAACGCUGGCACUUUUCUUUGCGAGUGGGACGUAUGCAGACAAGAUUGCUUAUGCAAACAAAUACGUGCCCCAUGCUAAUCGUGCUCUCCGCUCCUUCAAUAUGUAUCUAAAUGUCCGGAAACCACCCCUGCAUUCCAAGUUUCAAUUCAAUCCUCUAUCAUUCCUCUUCGCCCGACCUGCAAGCGAGUCGACGACAUCCACGUCUUCAUCGUCAUCUUCUUCCACAAGUGCUUCCCCACAAUCUUCCUCGUCUCAUUCUUCGGCUUCGACCGACCGCGUGCCCAUUCCCAUACCUACAAUACCACCAACGAACAAUCCACGCGGUGAACUCCGAUUCUCCUCCCGCGUCGAUCGUGCGUUCCGGGACGGUUACGAGCGCUACCGAGCGAACUUUGAGAGGCGAAGGGCUGUGCAAGAACAAGCGGAUAGGGAGAAGAACAGAUGGCUCCCUUGGCCGUGGCGGCGAUCGGUCCAGACUCCGAGUCUCUCCGCCAGCCGUCCAGGGGACUCCGCUGGGACGGCAUCGCCUGUGCGACAACGCGAUAGCUCCAAUGUUGGCUCUCUGAGACGGCAGCGGACGCCUUUGCACCUGACUCCAAGUAUCGCUGAACGCAGGAAAACGCCGCCGUUGGGGUGGGACAGGGAAGCGAUGUUCAGCGCUUCGAGUGGCUCAGUGACAUCGGCUGGUGCAAUGUAGUCACAGUGUACACUGUUAUCGCUGUUCUGUUAUAAGACGAACGACAAUAUGUAGCGUUGUUCGAUAGCAUGCGAACAUAAGUACAGCGCAGACGAUCUUACGUAACACGCAUCACACCUCUGCGCGGCGCUAGCUUGGGCUCAAUCUAGUCUCCACCGGGCGUUUACAGGUCAACAUGCCUGCCGGCAGUUCGCCAAAUGUAACAGACCCAGGCAACGAAAUCUUCCUCUCUCCCACCAUGUCUCAACUUGUUGGUGACACGCGCACCUCCCUCGACAGCGAUCGAAGUGCGACUGCUUCCCCGCCAGUCAACGGUGUCAAUGGCCACGCUAACCCUAACGGGAGGAACAACGAAGAAGACGAGGGAGAAGUUUCGUUGGACCCCAUAGAGAGGCUGCAGCGGGAAUUGGAGCGAACACGGGGGGAGAAGGAGAAUCUGGAAAUCCAGCACCGUACCUUGGUCGCAAAGUUGCAGAACAUGCGCACGACCCUAGGUAACAAACUGAAACAGGAUGCGGAAGAGCUGGAUCGACGCGAAACCCUGGUGCAGCAGUUGACCGCCCAAAACGAUGACCUGACCUCUACGGUGGAAGUGCUCAAGGAUGAGCUGCUGACAGCGACUGCGGACGCCGACCGUGCCUCCCAAGAACUGAGAACCAUGCGCAGUCGCGCCUUCGAAGAGACCGCGUCCGAGAAUCUGGCCCGAGAACGGGAGCUCCGGGAAACCCAGGCAGAACUCGAGCGAUGUAGAAUGGAGAAAGAGGAAUGGGAGCGUCUGACUAUGCAGGAAAAGGUCGUUGUGGACGAGGCCAAGUCGAAUGCGGAGAUGUAUCGAAGGGACUUGGAGCUGGAGCGAGAGGCACGCGAGAGAGAUGCGGUAGAGCUGGAAUCCGAGCGGGAAAAGUCCCAGAAUCUGCAGGCUGUCCUCCAAGACUUCCAAGCUGCUAAGGAUCACGAACUGCGACAGGCCGUCAAGGAUUAUAACUCUCAGCUACUGCAAGCUACUCAGUCUCUUGCGGAAUUCAAGCAUCGUGCUCUGACUGCUGAGCUGCAAUUGGAGGAAACUCAAACAGACACAUCACGAACUCAGGUGUUGGAGAAAGAGGUCAAGGAGAAAACGCUGUUAAUCGAGAAGCUUCGUCAUGAAGCCAUCAUCAUCAAUGAGCACUUGAUGGAGGCUCUGCGGAGAUUGCGGAGAAAUUCUUCUGACACAAAUGUGGACAGGAGGCUGGUCACAAACGUUCUACUAUCUUUUCUCACUACCCCUCGGGCUGACCCCAAACGGUUUGAAAUGUUGACGCUGCUCUCCUCCAUCCUGUCGUGGACCGAUCCGGAACGGGAAAAAGCAGGUCUCCAACGAAGCCACACACUGGCGCCAACAUCAUCUUUUUGGAACCGAAGCCCAGUAAACAAACCAGCAGAGUUGGACAAGACAGACGAAACGGAGUCUUUCUCUCGUCUCUGGGUUGAAUUCCUCUUGACAGAAUCAUCGGCAGGCGAAUCCUCGCCGCCGUCGCAAACCCAUUCAACUCCCAAUACCCCCGUGGGGACCGCCUCAUCUCUACCCAGCACACCCACGAGUCCGAACAUGAAGCCAGGGACGCGCCGUCUAGCAUCCUACGGCCAGCCGCCAUCACCACUAAUGGACUCGUCACACAAGGGCAAGGAGAAGGAAUUGAGUCCUCUAGAGGAUCCUUGAGACUUUCGGACAUUCAAUGCAUGAAAAACUCGUGGGCCUCUUUCUCGUACCAUACAUACUGUAAUAUCUCAGACUCGUCCAUUCCGGUCACCAACAACCCGUGUCGCUGACAUAACUGUUCUGGAUCAAAGCAGUGGUGAACCUGAGCUCAUCAGUGUGCAAGCGUGUUACGCACCGUCUUGUCUUGCCUCCGGGCUUCGCAGUAAACGAACACGAGAAUCAAAAACACUUCGUCCUCUGCUAGCGCGGUCUUGGUCAGGUGCAAUAGCACAGGCGGUGUCUUGCUGAAAAGCCUGGGUCGCGAAGGGACACAGAAUCGUCCGGCGAUGCUCAUAUUAUGGUCGAGUGUCGCCUGCGCACGAUCAAAGCGUUGAAGAGCAGUUCGUAUUCCUUUCGCUCUUGGGACCAUCGCCAGUAUUUCGUCCUGCAGGAAAUGGCUUGAUGGCCACAGCCUAUUAGACUCUCCUACAGGCACGCACCUAUUGAAAAACCAACCCGUUUGUCGUUUCAGCUCCACACAAUUCUUCCUGUGUCCAAAGACUUCGAGUGUCUUGUCGGACCAGUGUAUUACACCGACUAUCGAUGAAGCUCCGGGCGCUGGGUUCUCGUCUCGCAGGAUGGUGGCUUUCCGACCACGAUAGCCGAAGGUGGUGCUCAGGGAAUAGAGCACCGAGUUGUCGUGAGUGGCCCGAAUCUGCGCAUUGAGAACGUUGUUCUUGUUAUCGAACACGGCUUCCAUGAGGUGGUGGUGGAGAGACUCAGAGUGGAGUGCGGCAUGGCCAGGUCGCAGUCAGAGCGGACGUAAUGAGUGACUCGAGAAGCUUCAGAGCAUAGGCUCUGACGCUGUCGAACAGGUGACAGUCCGCGCUCGAGACCGUGUCUGAGUCGUUCAGAAAUUCGACCCGUGCCUCAUUAUUGCAGAAUGUUCGUCCCAGAGUGUGUCGCUUUGUGAGAACAAAUGCAGAGCCAUAUCGAACCUGCGGUCACGCAGACAACACAUUAUUCACAAGUACCGGUAUCGGUCGAAUGAUACGUCCGCAAGAUCCCGAAGCAGAUUCCAGAACGGCUUCAGUGAAAUCCGCACCCGACGGACGACCAAAGCGGUACACAAUCUUCGGCAGGAAGAGAUGAAUGGGAGAUGGUGAGGCUUGCUGCUCCAGCUGAAUCUAAACGAGUUUGGAGGGGAUCGUGGAGCGUGGCGGGGUUAGGGUUCGCAUCUUGAACCAGCCUAUACUCUCGGUGCUUACCAUCCCUCAUUCUCUGAACACUCAUCGAGAUGAAGAACCGUUUGUUACUGCUGUAUAGUUUCGAAAGCACCAAUUUUCUCAGCUGCUCACCUGAGUGGAUCGCGCUGCCAUGACGAGUCCUGAUGCACAACUUAUCCAAAUCGAGUCGCUCAUCCGCUUUCAUUUGUGCUCUGGGCAAUCGGAGCCAAGACGAUUACAAAACAGUUCUCGAAGGCGGUAGAUCUGCUCCCUUACUGAAGCUAAAUGCG